UGAAAGGAAGCAUGAGUGCGGCACGAGAUUACAAAGUCGUUAUGAUGGUUCUCUUUGCAAUGAUGACGGACAUAGGCGCUGAAGGCUCCUAUUCUGAGGAUGGGACGUCCGUCACACAGAGGGGACAGUCUGAGGGUGGAGGCCCCAGCCCGUAUCCCAACACACGGGACACUGACAGAGGGAUCCCCCUUGUGACAACUGCCCCUCCCCUGAAUGUCCCCAACCAUCACACUCUCUACAAGGGCUUCCUCCUUCAGGAGUCCCUCCAAGGACAGCGGCAUUUCUUUGAGGACAGUGGGGGUGUGGAUACCCACCCCACUAUGCCACCAUCAGGUCCCCACUUUGCCAGAGACCCCUCCUCCACUCACACGGUGCCACACAAGGAAGCGCUGGCUUUCUCCGAUGUUGCCUCAACCACUACCACUGUGGCAACAGCCACGUCACCGUUGGCAACACAGGGUAGCUCUGUUCCAGGGGGGCGUGUCUCUGUGACUCAGAGAGGGGCGUUGACCAAUAGCAGGGGGAAGACAGAGGAAGAAGCUGAUGCCAUGGAUACUCUGACCACUCCUGUCAUGCACACCUCUGCCCUCCCUCCCCACUCAAACACCCACAACCUGCCUGCUCCUAUGGGUGACAGGCACUCUGAGAUCCCUUCCCCAUCCACCAUGACUCCCCCAGCCUUGACCACUCUAGUGGAGAAGGAUAAAGGGAAGUCAGCAGAACACAACAUGAACCAUGCCAGUGAUGGUGCACCGAUGGACACUUCUGCAGUAUCUGGUGAUGUGGAUGAUGAGACCACUACGACCACUAUAACCACAACCACCACCAUCACCACCAGCCUGCCCAACCCAGUUCCCUGUAUAUUCAACCUGACAGCACCAGAGGGCUACAUAGAGACGCCCCAGCCGUCCAGCUCUCAUUACUACUCUUCUGUGGACUGCACCUACACCGUCACGGUCUACACGGGCUAUGGAGUAGAGAUACAGGUGAUGAACGUGAGCCUGUGGGAGGGGGAGCGGGUGACGUUUGAGGAAGUGGGGGGCGGGGAGCCCUCUGUUCUGGCCAACGAGUCUAUACUGUUGAAGGGCCUGGUGGUACGCAGCUGGAGCAACCAGAUCACCAUCCACUUUCACAGCCAGAGACAGGCCCAGCCUGGGUCCUUCCUGCUCAGAUACCAAGCCUUUGUGUUGAGCUGUACCUUUCCCCAGCGGCCGGCCUGUGGGGAUGUGUCUGUGAGCAGCCUCCACUCUGGGGGAGAGGCCUACUUCUACUGUCUGACUGGGUACCAUCUGCAGGGAACCAACACACUGACCUGUCUCAACGCCAGCACCCCCUACUGGAGCGGCACAGAGCCGCAGUGCCAUGCUGCUUGUGGUGGCAUUGUCCGGAAUGCCACGGUUGGACGCAUUGUGUCACCCGGUUUCCCUAGCAACUACAGCAACAACCUGACAUGCCAUUGGCUGCUGGAGGCCCCAGAGGGACAGCGAGUGCACGUCCACUUUGAGAAGGUGGCCCUGGCAGAGGACGAUGACAGGCUUCUGAUCAAAAAUGGGAAGAACAUUGACUCUCCUCCGAUGUAUGACUCAUAUGAGGUGGAGUACCUGCCCAACGAGGGCCUGGUGAGCACCUCCAGACCCCUCUUCAUAGAGCUCACCACUGAUGGUGCAGGCACCUCCACCGGCAUCGCCAUCAGAUACCAAGCGUUUGCAGUGGGACACUGCUACGAGCCGUUCGUCAAGUACGGUAACUUCACCAGUAAUGACAGCACGUGGGCAGUGGGGACGGUGGUAGAGUUCACCUGUGACCCUGGCUACACCCUGGAGCAGGGCUCUGUCAUCAUUGAGUGCAUGGACCACAACAACCCCCAGUGGAACGAGACUGAGCCCGCCUGCAGAGCUGUAUGCAGUGGAGAGAUGACGGACUCUGCUGGAGUGGUCCUGUCUCCUAACUGGCCAGAGGCCUACGAUAGCGGCCAGGACUGCAUCUGGGGGAUUCACGUGGAGGAAGACAGGAGGAUCAUGCUAGACAUCCAAGUCCUCAACAUAGGGAAGAACGAUCUGCUGACGUUCUAUGAUGGAGAUGACCUGACUGCUACGGUGCUGGGCCAGUACGGCGGCUCACGGCCACACUUCAAACUCUACACCUCCAUGGCCGACGUCACCAUUCAGUUCCAGUCUGACCCGGCCACCAACAUCUACGGCUACGGCAACGGCUUUGUGGUGCACUUCUUCGAGGUGCCUCGUAACGACACGUGUCCAGAGCUCCCAGAGAUCACCAACGGCUGGAAGAGCACCUCCCACCCUGAGCUGGUCCAUGGCACUGUGGUCACCUACCAGUGCUACCCAGGUUUCCAGCUGGUGGGUACAGAACUGCUCAUGUGCCAGUGGGACCUGACCUGGAGUGGAGACCUGCCCAGCUGUGAGAGAGUGCUGUCGUGUGCCGACCCAGGUACUGUGGAGCACAGUCGCAGGGUGAUGUCCAGCCCGCGUUUCACUGUAGGCUCCACCAUCCAAUACAUCUGUAACAAGGGCUACACUCUCUCUGGAAACAGCCUGCUCUCCUGCUACAACCAUGGCUCCUCCGGACCUAAAUGGAGCGAGAGGCUACCCAAAUGUGGCUCGGUGACCUAUGAGCCUUGCAGGAACCCUGGUACCCCGUCUUACAGCACCCAGACCUCAGAGAAGCCUCUCUACCAGGCCGGGGAGACGCUGAGCUUCUCCUGCCUCAGAGGCCAUGAGCUGCUGGGGGAGCCUGUCCUCCGCUGUGUCCCUGGACACCCUUCACAGUGGAGCAGCCUACCCCCUGUCUGCGGAGCCUCCUCAAUGGAGUUUAUAAAUGAACGCAGGUUAGACACUGCCAGUGCAGACUACAUCAUGGAGCGAGCCAACAUAGCUCUAACAGUCUUUAUACCAGUGGCCCUCAUCAUGGUCUUCAUCAUUGGGAUCUACCUCUACUUCUCUAAGGUUCAGGGGAAGCCUCUGUGUCUUCCCAUGUCCACCUCCUUACCAUAUGACCACAUCCCAGGAGAGUCCACCUUCGACAACUCCCUCUACAAAACAGAGACUAUGGUACGUUCUGAUACAGAGAUAUUCACUGGUUCUUUAAGAUGCCUGUUGGAAUUAGUAAGCCCCCCAAAAGGUUGAAAUCAGGUGCUGUCAUCCGUGUCUGAGAUUAUGCACUUAAAGCACCAUCUGGUUUGCCAUAUUGCAGGUUCAUUCACCAAAUCUAAUGUACCAUUAGGUGAUGUUAUAGAAAUAGGUUUGACGGGUGUAAAUCUAUACUCCGUUCAACUUCAGUCAUUGACAAGGGCCAUUUCAUUACACCUGAUGCAAACAAAAGGUUUCCUAGUUCAUUUGACAAAGCAUAGAUUUAUUUUUGUGCAAUGACAUUGUUCAGACAUGGGUUCAAAUAGUACUUGAAAGAUGUCAAAUAUUUUACCCAGGUCUGAUGUUUUCAUGCUCAUGCUUUCAGAUAACUAACAAUUGUCUCUCUGCCUGUUUGUUUCUCUAUCCUUUCAUGACUGCACUC